GAGGAUGAUCGAGCGUCUGCUAUAGCUGUGUCGAGAGCACGAGCGUCGGACAAUGAACGAGCGCACCGGAUCGAUCUACUUGUCUUCGCGGUGACUCGGAUCAGCCGCCAAUCGCAAGGAUCGUGUCGUGCGACUGGUCUCGUAAAACAAAAUGUGUAGCCGCGAACAGAGGAUCGAAAGACCAGAGUCAGAAACGAGUACGUGUUAGCCAGUGCUGUGGUUUUGUCGGUUAUGACAGUGUACAUUAAGUCAAAAUGGCAGCCACGUUAACCGUCGAGCAGGAACAGGCUACGAAGGAUUUUAUAGAAGCAGUAAAUAAGUGUCGAGCAGGCAGAAGAGCGGGUCCGGUGUCAUGGAGCACAGCCGUGAAAUUUUUAACGGCGAGAAAGUUUGAAGUCGCGAGGGCUUUGGCUCUUUACGAACAACACGAAGCCACCAGGAGAAGAGAAGGUCUCGCGCUUCUGCAUCCCACGCAGGAACCCUUGCUCAGCGAACUACACACGGGAAAAUUUACAGUUUUAUCCUCGCGAGAUGCAACAGGGGCAGCCAUAGCUAUUUUCACCGCACAUUUACAUCUUCCACAAAAUACGACGCAUCAAACGACAUUGCAAGGUGUCGUGUAUCAAUUGGACGCGGCUCUCGAAAGCGCGGAAACACAGAAGCAUGGUCUGGUUUUUAUUUACGACAUGUCGGACAGCAAAUACCAGAAUUUCGAUUACGACCUCUCACAAAAGAUCCUCACACUUUUGAAGGGUGGUUAUCCAGCGAAACUGAAGAAGGUUUUGAUAGUGACUGCACCGCUGUGGUUCAAGGCGCCGUUUAAGAUCCUUCGGUUAUUCGUCCGUGAAAAAUUGCGGGACAGAGUGUUCACUGUAUCCAUUCCUCAAUUAACGUUACAUAUCCCGCGGGAGUCAUUACCACACCGGUUGGGCGGCACGUUGGAGAUACAGCAUGAGGCAUGGCUGCUCCAUUGUCUUAAAUCCAUGACAAACAGAGGCGGGGGUGAACUUUGUGAGGUUACCCCCAGAGUGGGUAGUCCUCUUUCGCCCACAUCGAAAAGUCACACGGUCAAUCAGAAUCCCAAUGGAACUACAGUUAGUAGCUCGACUAGUCCUAUAAUCGAUAAAAGUAAAGUUAAAAAUGGGGUGUCGAAUAUCGGGGAUAUCGAGAUCACGAACGGUGAUGUCUGGAUGGGUACAGACGAGGCACCGUCUCCAGUUCAGCCUCCGUCCUCAGCUAGUUCAGGUUUCAGCGACGACGAUAGCCUGCACGGCGACCUUGGGCUCCAAGCCGUUACCAUGGAACAGUUCAUCGAAGAUAUACAUUCGAGAGGACGCGCCGGUCUCGUAGCCGAAUACGCCGAAAUCAGGCAAAGACCGCCGGAAGCUUCCUUCAACCACGCAAAAUUGAGAAUAAACCAGUCCAAGAAUCGGUACACGGAUGUACUUUGCUACGACCACAGCAGAGUAUGCUUAUCCCAAAUAGACGGAGAUGCGAGCACCGAUUACAUCAAUGCCAAUUUUGUUGACGGUUACAAACAAAAGAACGCGUUCAUCAGCACUCAGGGUCCUCUUCUGAAAACUUGCGGGGAUUUCUGGAGGAUGAUCUGGGAACAGCAGACGCUCGUUAUCGUUAUGACUACUAGGGUGUUGGAAAGAGGACGUACAAAAUGUGCACAGUAUUGGGGUCUAGAGCCAGGCGACGAAGUACAAGCGGGUGGUUUCACUAUAACCACUCUAGAAGUUGAUACGAAUCGCAAUUACACGAUAUCUAUGCUUCUCCUUACAAACAACAAGACUGACGAGGCAAGGGAGGUUUGCCAUAUGCUGUACACAGCGUGGCCGGAUUACGGUGUUCCACAGUCGGCCAGAGCUCUGUUACAGUUUCUAGCCUUAGUAAGACAACAACAAAAUAAAUUACUUGCACACAGAGGGGACACAUGGGCCGGGCAUCCGCGAGGACCUCCUAUAGUUGUACAUUGCAGCGCCGGAAUAGGAAGGACAGGAACGUUUUGCACGUUAGACAUUUGCAUAUCGCGGCUAGAAGAUACCGGAACUGUGGACAUCCGUGGAACGGUGGAAAAAAUCCGAGCACAGAGGGCCUACAGUAUUCAAAUGCCAGACCAGUAUGUUUUCUGUCAUCGUGCGUUGGCAGAAUACGCGAUCUCCAGAGGGAUGCUUAGUCCGGAACAUCUCGAUAUGUUACCUCCAACUAUAGAAGAAGAUUCCGACUAGAGUGUAAACUCUAUUAUCAUGUACCAGAAAUUGAUGUUCUUCCCGAGUAUGCAUAAUAGUCUCCUUACAUAGCCUACUUCUAGCUUAAAUAACUGAAAGUUAUUUUUUGCUAUCAUCUCCAUCGAUGUAAUAUUUCAGAUUUCUACUCUUACGUUAGGCUAUAUAUUUAGAUCAUAUCUAAAGAGAAACUAGGUUUCUUUUUUUUUCGAAGACCAAAUGCACGAACAGAAAAUCUUGAUUCCUGUUCCUCGAUAUUUUGCUCUCCGAAGAGAUUCACGAUUUGUAACAACGGUACGCGAGCACUUAUCGAAUGUUUGCCCAAAUACGAAAGCAAAAUGUGGCACACGCGGAUCUUGCGAUCCCCGUCUUUAACCCUCUCAUAUGUAAAUUUUAUUGUAUAUUCUGAAGCGUGGUUGCAGAGUUAUUUAAAGCAUGUAAACUACAAAACGCCUUAUUUUAUAAACAUUCCAUUUGAGAACAAUUACUAUGUCAAUUAAAUUAAAUAUAAAUAUAUAUCUAUAUCUAUACAAGCGCGAAUUAUCCUAUUUCAUAGGUUUAAAGAAUUUUUCUUAUACUCUGUGUUACACAUAUAUCGGAGGUGACGUUACAAAGCUUAAUCCUCUGAUUGAUGAAUACAGUUUUAUUAAGAUAAUGAACAUUUAAAGUAAUCGUUAAAAGCAUUAUUUAUUAAACUACUACUGUACGGAUUAAUAAUUAUGAUUGACGUCGUUAUGUUUGUUAGGACCAUACGUGUAGUUACGUAUGAUUUACGUGUAUUUUAUAUAUCGAACACGGUUUAUUUGCAUUCUCAAUUUAAGUGACUGGCUUUGAAUUUUUAUUACCGUUUAAAGAGUCAUAAAAUUUUAAACAACGAGACGAUUUUAUUUCACGACGUUCUUUGUUUUAUCGAGAGUACCGUAAACGUCUUUUACGAUAUCCGUUAUUCCACAGUAGGUCUUUCAUGCUUUCAAGGUCUAUCCGAAACUUAAAUUACCAAGUACAAACUCGUAAGGAUACAUUGUUAUAGAAUCUUUAUAUGAGAGGGUUAAACUGGUGAACUAUCGAGAACGAACAUCUAAUUACAAUUGACCUCAAAAAGUUUGAAAGAAAUGUAAAUGUUGCGAGAAGUUACAAACGAAUGGAAAAUGUGAUUUAGUGGUGCCCAAUUUGCAGACAUCUAAGAUCUACAGAUGUAUUAUAACGCGUUGUGACGUGCAACUUCAUAUUGAUUGACGUCUUUUUUUUUUUUUUUUGGGGUAACCAAAGAUUAUAUUCUAUACAAUUUCGAAACGUUGCAACUCGAUCGCGCAAAGAAAUUGGCUAAAAUAAUUCAUGACGGAUUCCUUUUACAGGGAUUGCUAUCCAGGGAUCAUCGUAUAGAUUAAAAAAUACUUCCGAUUCGAUUAAGCAUUAAGAAAAUUAGAGAAAUUAUACAGAGUUAACUUUUAAACGAGUAAAUCGACUAAAGUAUUAACUAGUUUACCUCGAGAAUCAAACGUGCUUCGUUACGACAGAGGUAGAAGUUUUUUAAAGUUCUUAGCGAAAAGAUAUUGCAGAUUCAAAGUAUGCUCUUCCAUGAAAGCCUUCGUAUAGACUUACACGAGAAUAAGAGAAGAAACGAUGUGAUUUAUAAUUUAGGCUUUUAGCAAGCAAACGAUCCGUUUAUCAUGACGUAUGUACAAUUAGUUUUGUGCGAUUUUAUUCCAUCGAAAGAAUCUAUAGUUUGUAUACAAUACUUUCGAACGUAAUCUCAAUCUCUCGACCGCUUAUUAAAAAACAUCUAGUUUUACCGAUUGGUAAUGAAGUCUAUUCCGAGUAAACACACGAUCUAAGUAUGUAACGUUAAUUCUCAUGUAAUUUAGAAUCGUAUUCGAACGCACUGUUACGGAUGCAAAUGCUUUUUUGACACGAAUUAUUUGUUCAACGAAGCACUGUAAAACGGACGGUGCACGUACAUGUACAUCGGGAAAUUCAUAGCUAUUUAAAAUUCCGUUUAAAGCAGCGUUUGCAUAAAAGUUCCACGUUAGAAUUUCUUACGAAGCGAUUUAAAUACCUUAAAUAUCGAUGUCCACGCGAACAAUGAAUGUAAAAUCCGUGUCUAAAUUGUCCGAUUUAUAACUACUACUGUCUAAUCAUCUGUUUGUUGAAUGUAUAUUGAAUAGUUGCAAGAAAAUGUGUAACGCUAGAUUGUUGUUACAGACAAAUGAUAUUGCAGUAUAUUUCUUGCGUCAUAAAUUCGAUGUACCGUGCGAUUAUGAACCGAUUUGUAACCGAGGCAAAAACGUGAAGUUACUAUCGUCGAGUAUGAUAUACGACAACUGUUAGAGCUCUCUGUGCUUGAUUUGUAAUUUUCAAACCGUUUGAACGCUACGCGCGAUGACGCGUAACGUAUUAUUUGUUAAAAAUCGAUUUGCCAUAAACACUGUUAGACGACGCCAAUGGACUCACUGAAACGAGACUCUUGCGAAGAAAUAGUUUGCCUAGAACCCAAUGCGCGUAUUUUUGUGUACAGAGUCUAUGUAUAUUAUACGCAAAAAUUUUAGCGUUUCACAUCGAUCGAUAUUUACACGAUCCAUGUCGAUAGUGAGCAAUGUUUAUUAGAGAUAACUUCGAAUUUUAUAUAAUGAAAAAAUCUCUAUUGUACUAAAUGCUUAGUCAGACUUAAAUAAGUUCGAACAUUUUCGACGUAUGCACGUUCCUCCUGCUCUUAGGUUACCUUAAAAAGGGCAUGUUAUCGGUACAAUCACGUUUAUUAUAAUUAUUAUUAUUUUUAUUAAUAUUAUUAUUUCUCUAACGUUUGUAAUUAGUACACGAUGCCCUUUUGUAUUAUCUAUACAUGCAUACAUACAUAUAUAUGUCUGUGUGUAUGUAUGUAUGUAUGUAUGCGCACACAUACAAACACACACACACACGCAUAUAUAUAUUUAUAUAUAUUUAUUAAAAGCUUUAUCUAAAAGUAUUCGUAUGAUGUACAUAUACGCACAUAUUUUCAUGAAAUCUUAAGGUUCGUUUAAACUUCCACAUUCUCUGGACUUCGCUUUCAACAAAUUUGUCAAGCAUAAAAAAAAAAAAAGGAUUGACUCGGUCAAAAAGAAAAGCAUGAUAUUUGUACUUUGCUUUUUAUUUCGAAACUGUCCAGCGUUUCAAGUUUGUCGAUUCUUCAAGUCCUUUUACGGAUUUCCACGAUCCGCGAAUACGGAAGUUUCAACGCGACUCGAUUCUUUUUUUUUUUUUUUUAACUAAAAGGGAAAUCCGAUUCGAUGUUUUCGUCACUUCUGUCCCUAAUUAAGUGUGAAUGUAACGUGUGAUUUUAUAGCAAUUUGUGUAUGACUAUCUCGUACUAUUCUCAGGCGUGUAACAGUAGGUGGACAAGAGUGCGUAAACGAAAAAAAGGAAAAGAAAAAAAACCAAAAAAAAAAUGAAAAAAAAAAGCAAGAAAAGCACCGGAGCAGGUACCAAAGUUUUUUGUAAGACAUUCGGCCGAAUAACGUGUACUCUAGAAUCUCUAAAAUAAUUUUUUCGUGCGCGUUAAUGAAAGCUGAGGGUAGGUAGACUAAUGUAAUCGAUUCAACAGUAUUACGAUUCACGAAUUUAUACGGUGUGUCUCGAAACGCAUAGUAUUAUCAAUUUACAGACGACGAUUCCUUUUGAAAAAGUAACCCGAAAACGUAAAAUAACAUUUUCUCGUACGAACAAAUUUUAUUCUGCGUUUCCGUUUUGUACAUAUUUUUUUUAAAAGAAUCAUCCGUCGAUAAUCCAUUUUAUGCAUUUUGAAACACGCGGUACUUUCUGAAUCAUCGUUAUUUUCAGUUCUCUCUCUGCUCUUCGCUCGAUUACUUUCAUUCCGUCGAUGGAACAGAAAGUUAAGUUAUCCCGUUUCGAUUGUCAUCGUUGUCGGCGAAUCGUUCUAUUUUUGUACCUUGUUCGUCUUUUCGAAUUUCGAUGUUUUAUUUUAACGCGUCACGGAACUCGUCGAAUGUUAGCGAACUGUUAAUUUUUGUAUCACCGAACGAGACAAAGCGCGAAGCGGGGAAAAAUUUGUAACGAGAACGAUAUAAAAAAAAAGAAAUAUUUUAACGUACGAAUUGAACGCUCGCGAUCGUUUCAGUAAUUGAUUUUAAAGUCGAAAUAAAAAAAAAAAAAAAGAAAACAUAAGAUAUUGAGACUUUACGGAAAACAGAGAUUUAAAUUAAGAAGGAAAGAAGAAAAAAAAAUGUAAAUACGAGUAACAUGACUUCGAAACGACUAUCGCACAUAAAUGUAUCUAAUAAUUAUUUAAUAUAUUGCAGAUAUAAAUGGCA